GUUCUUCUUAUCGGCACACCUUGUCACCACUGCGGCUUACCGGAACGUCUCUCCGUCUCGCCUUGCACCAUCAAAAAUCUAGUCAUGAAGUCUUUCGUCUUUAUCUUGGCCGUUCUCGUCGGGGCAGUUGUCGCAAAACCGAAGACGACCACUUCCGAUGACCUGAAGCAACAGAACAAGGACAUCUCGUCCAAGGAGUACCUUAAACGGGUCUUCCAGCACUCUGUGGUCUCUUACGUCGGAAGUGACGCCCAGGACAUCGUCGAGAAGCUACAAGAUCUUGGACUUCAUGAGGCAGCGACCAUCGCCAAGCAGGUAGAUCUGAAGCAGAUCAUCCGAGACAACGGCAUUUCACCCAUCACGUUGUGCAUGCCCAGUGACAAGGCUGUCCAGAAGUGGAGGCAGGAGCUCCCUGAAAGACGGAUGCCAGAGAGGGCGAUCUUAAAGAACCUGGUCAAGGCUUGGAUCGUUCCAAAAAGGGUCAUGUCAUCCGAGGUCACAAAUAACCAGAAGAUGGAGAGCUUGAAUGGCGCCAAACUGAGAUUUAACAUCUACAGAGAUGACGUCGAGGUAAUCACCAUUAACGGCGCUCGCAUCGUUGACGCCGAUAGGGCAUUCACCCAAGAAGUCAUCCAGGUAGUCGACAAGGUCAUCUAUCCACUUCCGAUUGGUGACGUCAUCGAAACCUUGAAAGAUAAUAAAGCCUUCUCCGUCAUAGUCGACCUCGUAAAACAAGCCGGAAUCGUACAAGAACUCGAAUCUGAUCCCAUCACGGUUAUUGUACCAACCAACGACGCCUUCCAAGCUCUCCCAUCCGGUGUCCUAGACGACCUCGAACGCGACACCGACAAACUCCGUAACCUGCUCAGAUACCAUGUGAUCUCUGAUGUCAGAUAUUCUGUCUCCUUGACGUCUGGACAGCGCAUCCGUGCUUCACAGGGAGAUGAAAUUUCAGUCUCCAGAAGGAACGACCAAAUUGUCCUGAACGAGCAGAGUGAGCAGUCGGAAGCUCCACGAGUGAUCUUACAGGAUAUCCCUACCACCAACGGAGUCAUCCAAGUAGUCGACCGGGUCGUUCUCCCGCCUCAAAGACACUUCGUUCUCGUUUAACCAGAUCAGACUGAUUAAACGCUGAUACGACCAACAAUAUUGAUUGAAUAAUUCUAUAUUUCGAUUAAAGAAAUUCUCUUCUAUACAUAAACAAGACAUAUUCGUUCUUUUUAUUUUCAGUGUGGUGAAGAUGAUGAGAAAUGUCUAAGAACUAGAACAAAAGAUAGCGAAUGGGGAAUGUGUUUUUGAUCCCUUUUGAUGCGGGUACAGAUUUGAAAAUGUUAGUGCUAUGUUUCUGUAAAAUGACUGGUUGUAGUUGGUGAACAAUUGUUUUUUAGUGUUAAACAUUUCCCUACUUUCAUUUCUUGUCCUCGUGAUAGUUGCUUUUCUGUUUCUCUUCACUACCCCCUUGCUUUUACAUUACAUUCCUUAACCUUUCCUCCGCCCUUCCUCACCACCCCUUGUCUUUCUCUCAACCCCCGUCUUUCUCUCACCCCCUCGCCUUUCUUUCCACCCCCUCGCCUUU